AUUCUGAAUUAUCUAGAAACCCAUCAUCUGAUCGCACAUUUCCUGAUUCCCACACUAUAAAAGAGGCUGCCUCAGCAGAAGCGAACAGGAGAGGGAAGAGGAGACCAGGACAGCCGCCAGGACCUCUGAGAAGCCCAGAUACAAAGAGAGAAGAUGUUUCAAAUUAGUGGCCUCAUGGUCUUCUGUGGGCUGCUGGCCCAGGCUACUGCCCUGCUGGGAGCUCUGCAAGCACCCCUGGACCCAACCCUGCCCUUGGCUGUGACUCCAGACCUGGACCUCAGUCUCACAGAUUUUUCUGGAAGCUUGACUAGUGCUCUCAGCCAUGGCUUGCUCUCUGAGGGUCUGUUGGGCAGUCUCGAAAAGCUUCCACUCUCGGAUGCACUGAAGACUGAAGGAAUCACUUCCAGAGGCCUGUUUAAGGGACUGCUUGGGAGAAUAGCUUCAGGAAUGCCUUUCCUGAACAUCAUUGAUGUGAAGAUCACUAAUCCCCAGAUGCAGGAUCUUGGCCUUGUCCAGAGCCCUCAUGGCCGUCGUCUCUAUAUCACCAUCCCUCUGCUCAUGAGACUCAAUGUGAAUGUGCCCCUGAUUGGAAGUCUGUUAAAGCUGGCUGUGAAGCUAAAUAUCAGUGCAGACAUCUUACCUUCGAAAGAUGAACAGCAGAACAUCUACAUGGUCCUUGACAGCUGCACUUACUCCCCUGGCAGCCUGGAAAUCUCCGUGCUUGAAAGAUUUGUCCCCGUGCCCUUUAAAGGCCUCUUCAAAAGCCUCAGCAAGAUCCUUCCUGGGCUGGUGAAGGACAAGGUAUGUCCUCUCCUCAAAGAGGUUCUCAGAAGCUUGGACACCACCCUGUUGGAGGCCACUGUUGAUACGAUGUUCUAUGGGCUGGAAUUUGCCACUAAGGUCUAGGCCUUCCAGGAAGGGACAGAUCUCUGCUAAGCUGAACCAUUUCCUGCUGUUCAAUACACUCCCUGACCAUCUUCUGAGGGCUCAGAAAAUGUUGUUCCAUGUUCUGGACAAUGAUGUGGUCAUUGUUGGAGAACCAGAGCAGCAUUCUCUCUGAGGAAACUGCUCCCUUUCCUUUCUCACUAGACGUGUGUUAUAUUCCAUGUUCCUCACCAAAUAAAAUUGCUCUUCCCCUGCA